AUUCACUCUCCCAAGAAAAAAAAAAAACCUCUCUAGCAAUACACACCAAACUGAGCAUGUGCAGAGUGUCUCCACACAAUAUGUCUUAUCAGGAGAUAAGAGGAAAGACACUGGAAGAAGGGGAGAAUCAGAGAAGACAGGACCAAACAGCCUUUUUACACAAUGCAGAGGAUUAACCCCUCAGGUGAGUAUAUCAAGCUUGCUUUACUGCCAGGGGCGGACUGACCAUUUGGAAACUCAGGCACUGCCCGAGGGCCCGGGGUCAGUAAGGGGCCCC